GCUAAUCGAUAUCACGUUAUUGAUGAGAGAGAGAGAGAGGGAGAGCGUCUCUCUCUGCUAGCAACAUCGAUUGAGAAAUGUAGUAACAUUUUUCAACGAAAAGUUUUGAUGAUCGUGUUUGGUGGGAUUUAUAAUAAUUUUCGUGGAUCCGAAUAAGAACUAAUUUUACUGAAAUGGAGAAAUCCACAAACAAACCUGUACAAAAUAAAACUGACGUAUUGGCACCGGUUAUUUCACAUAAUGAUUCGCCGAAAAAGUGCAAUUUGUCUUUUUCAAUUAAUUUCGACUUUUACGACGCUAACAGCGACAAUUCUACCGACUCUGAGAAUGCUGACUUACAAAUAGAUAUAUCUGAAGUGGAUGACAAUGAACCAUCUAGUAAACAUAAAAGAGAGACUGUUGAAGAAAUAUCGGUACUUAAUGAAAUGGAAGAAGAAAUUGAAAGACAACUCGAUGCUAAAGCGGCAAAAACCAAUUUAACCGCUACUAAUGUUAAGAAUAUAUUAAAACAUGUAAUCACUUAUGAACACCUAAUGUCAAUGGUACAAAAGUGGCUUCAAAAUGAUGUUAAUUGUGGUCCUAAACUAACAAGAGCAAAAGCUAAAAAAUUAGCAGAUGCAAAGGUCAUGCCAUGGCCUAUUACCAUAUCCAACAAAACUUCCUCAGAAGUACAAGCUUUAAUUCAGGAGGAAUUACCUGAAGAUUCAUCUGAUGAAGAAUACAAGCCCGAACAUGAUAAACAGAGUGAUGAUGAUAGAGAAGUAGAAAGCACAACAAAUAGUGAUAUAGAAUCGCAACCAUCAACACCAGCCGAUGUAGUGGAUAUAGCUUCUACUGAACAACAUGAAUCAUUGCAUGUACAAUAUGAUCCUGAAGGGAUUUUUAAAAUACCUGUUACUCCGCAUGUUUCGAUACAAGAAGAAAGUAUUGGUCAAAGGACACGCUCUAAGUUGUCUCUGAGUGAAACUUCUUUGGAGCAAAUAGAACAAGCAUUUAUACCACCUGAUAUAACUGCUGAUAUGGAUGAUUGGGGUUUUGAACCUGAUGAAGAUUGGGAUAAUUUUAAGAAAGAAUUUACACAACCAUUGGCACAAGAACUAGCCACAGAAGAUGAUCCGGAAGCAGAUCCAGAGUAUAAUAUUUUGGAAGAUGAAGAGAUAGAUCUGUUGGACAAAGAAGAACUCAGGACAGAUAAAGCAGUAGAAGUUUCUCGUAAGGAAUCAUAUGAUUUAAUUGCAGAAUUGCUUGAAGAACUAAGUGAUACAUUUUCGACCCAAGAACAAGAAGUGUUAUCUGAAAAGGAAACAUUAGAUAAUAUCACACCACCGAUUGAAGAUAAUACUAUGGUAAAGCAAAUUAUUUUUAUCAGGAAUUGCUCUACAAACCUUUUGCCAGUUCUUGCAGAACCUGAACUGCCAACAUUGGUCAAUCCUGUGCAACGUCUUCUAUUGGCUACACAAUUUCGACAACAUGUACAGUUAAUGGUACAGCAUUUUGUUAUGACAUACAUGCAUCCAGAAUAUAAUUCAUUGGCAAAAAUAUGUAAACAGAACUUAAAUGGCAUAAGGUAUUUGAACAAUGGGCCAAAUUCUACAUUUAACGUUGAAAACUUGGAAGAAGCUCUCAAGCUGGUAUCCAUCUGGGAAAAUAAAUUUUCUAGCGCAAAGUUUUAUGUAAGUUUCAAGAAGAGUUUAGUGGAGAAAGUUACUAAGACAAGAAUGUACUGUACAAGUCAAUGGAGGCAUCAGCAAAUGCAUCAUCAAUUUUUCCCCGAGUUAGAAAAAUCAUUUGUUGAAAGCAAAGCACUUAUGUAUCCGCAACUUUUACCACAUAUGCCUUUUAAAGGUGGAUUAAAACAAAUGAAAAACACUAUACCAUAUCUAAAAUCGGAAGAAAAUUUAGUUGCAUUUGGUAUUGAACAGUUUUUGCCACAUGUUGCAUCCAAACCAAGCAAAUUUAGAAACAAGAGAAUGCAAUUAUUUGAUGCAGCUCAACUUACCCAUCAAUACCUGUUACCAUGCAGAAAUGCACAAGGAAUAUUGUAUCAUAUAUCCAAACGUCGCGCUUCUCACGAAGAAAAUCCAAUUAAGCAUUAUUUUGAAAAGGGUUGUGCUCCUAGAAUAAUACACUAUGUGUCAAUGGCAGAAGAGCUCAAAGCUCCAAAAUCUCAACCGAUAGAAUUUUUACCUUUAAGGUGGCAAAUAUAUCUGAGCAAACAGAAAAAUCGCAAAAGUGAUUCGAUGAAAACUAAUAAGCAUAUGUUUAACUCAUAUGGUAAUCUGGGAAAACAGAAGGUUUUUAUGAAUGAGACAAUGAAGUUAUAUCCUAUUGUUCCUAGUAAUCAUCCCUUACGAAAUCCAAUUGUGAAUAUGUUACCAAAGAUAUUACCUACAACUUCAAAUCCAAAAGACUCAAAUAUUAAUAUGAAUGCUACUUGUACUAAAAGAACUAUACUUGGUGACAAUGACAAGAAAGUAUUGGAUAAUAAUGUGGAAACUACUGAGGAACAGACAGGAAUAAAUAAAUAUAAAACUUUUCACAAUUUGUUAAAAGUAAAUGCUGAAGAAAUAAAAUCAACACAGACGGAUAAAUUACAAGAUAAAAGUAAUGCUAAAUUAAAUAAUAUAUUGACAAGAAGCUCAAAAGUGUCUGACAAUUCGCCAGAAAUAUCAUCAGGGUUACGCAAGACCACACCUCGAUUAGCAAAAAUAAGAAGUGCCCAAAAUAUGAAAUUAAUGGCACAAGUUUUGGGUUCGAAGAAUUGUAGUACCUUAAAGUCUAAAGAAAAGAACAGCGCAGAUAAAACCGUCAGUGGCGACUGUACAGUGUCAAAAAUUGAUAACGAAGAGGAAAUAGCAGAAUUAAUGCUAGCUAGUACUACAAUAAUAAAAGAUUCCGUAAGCAGAAAGAAGGCUAAGCAAACCAGAGAAUUGGAAAUUAUAAAAAGAUUAAUAAAAGCUGAAAAUCCAUUGACCGAAGAAGAACGCGAAACCAAAUUUGCUGCAUCGUAUUUUCAGAAAUUGCUCUUAACAUUGGAGUCAAAUAAUCCAGAAGUAUUUAGAGCUGUGAUCAAGUUGUAUUUAGAUUACAGUGACAAAUUAGACCGAACAGUCUGCGACUCACCACCAUUUCUCGAAGAAUUGCACUCACCGAAUAAAGAGACAUUACAAAACAGACCAAUCCAAAAGGACAUACUAACAGUGAAAUUGUAUGAAAAUAUCUGCAAGAAGUUGCAAAGUUACCCGGAGAUGUGCGCAGUUUUCUUGCUGUUCCUAAAGCCACAUCAAGCCGCGAUGAUCGAUAAAUCCGUGGAAUAUAUGAUGUUACAAAAAAUGAACGAUUUUGUUCGUGUUGCGCAAAUAUAUUUUGCCAAACAACCGUCGCGAAUAGCAAAGAUGAUGCAGGCUAUUACGCAACUCUCGACUAAUCCACACACAACUCUGGCAAAUGUUCAUACCGUCAUGAGUUCUGUCUUCAAAGGUCAUCCACUCGUUAUGGAUUUAUUUUUGCAAGUCUUGCCUACAGCGAAACCCCCUGAAAGCUUAUUUGCGUCCCAUUUGUUUGAAAACUUGACGUGUCCAUUAGGAUCUUGUGAUAAAAAUGUAACUUUUAACAUUGAAAACGCACCAGAACUAUAUGAGAAUAUAGAAUUACCCGCGGCAGCAGGUCAGGAAGAUCCAUAUGGUGGAGAACAUUGCAAGUGUGAUUGUCACAACACGGAUGUUAAAAGUAAUUCAGAGCACUGUGUUUCCUGUGGUACACGGUUUCUUAACGGAAGGAUUUAUCUUCAAACGCCUGAAGGCUUACGACCCGCAAAAAUUACAUUCCCUGGAGAGGAUCAGGAGAAAUUGGAAAAUAUAGCGCGCGUGUCGUCAAAAACUGCCGACAAAGUCGGCAACCCGCCAAUUUCGUCCAAGAAGCGACGGAAAAAGAAUGAUUCUAGUCACAAUGACAUUUGUCAGAAACAGUGCGCUACGAAAUACUUGCUAUUAAACGAAGAUAACGAAAAAAUAGAAGUGAAGCCUAAGAGGGGUGUUAAGUUCGCGCUCAAAACUACAAAUCAAAGGAAAGUUUUGAAAAGAGUAGGCAUUGUGGAUCAUGUGAUCGCGAAUAAAAGGAUGCUUCAGUGCAAGGAAGAGAAUAAGGCUGAAGAAAGCGAUAUUUUGUUAGUAUGCAAUGAACUUGGUGCCAUAAAGCAAGAGAAAAUCAAUGAAUGCAGUACCGAAAGCAGUACUUGUGUGCAAUUGUCAAUACAAAAUACAAAUCCGUUCAGCUCGAAAAUAAUUGCACAAGGUGCUCCAAAUAGCAAUAUUGAAUAUAGUUUAAGUAGUAAAGACGCAGCGAUUCCAACGACUGCAGUCGAAGAUGACGUGCAAUCGAAGUCUGAUUCAACGAAUAUUAAACCAUGGACACGUCAGGAAGAUAUGAUCUUGCUGCAAAGAAUCAAAAAGGAGUAUUCUGAAAACUCAUUUCAAUUAAUUAGUGAGAAAUUAGCAAAUCGUACCGUAGAACAAGUAAAAGAGAGAUGCCAAACUUUGCUUUCUUUACUGCAAAAAAUGAUGUGAAUACAUAUCUAUAUAUGAUGACAGAACGUUCGUCACGAGAUAGCGGAUACAUCGACUGGCAUUAAUUCCUUUCGCGAGAGAGUUCUCUUUUAGCCGACCGGCUAAUUACGAGGGUUGCUACUUAUAUUUCUGGCCUAAUAAUGAAAAAACAAAUAUGAUCGAAA